GGAUGAUGCAGACCCUCCCUGGUAACCAGAGGAGGGCAAACUCCAACCGCAGAGCAGUGAUGCCACUUGUGGGCCCUCAGAUUGGAGAGGACCGAGAAGAGUGACAGGGCUGUGCGCUCUGGGGCACUUCACGCAGACGGGAGUAGGGAGGCUGUUUUUUGCGCGUGCAUAUGGCGGUGGGGGGGAAGGGGGAUCCUGCUGCACUGGCCGCCCAAGUUGGGGGGCGAGCUCGGUGGUGACGCGCGGCCCUCACGUGACCCAGAGCUGCAGAGCGACGCAGCCUUCGGUGCAGUCGUCACUCGCGUCUGUCUACCAGCUCCCCGCUGCCCUGAGCUCGGCGGGCUGGCAUCCGGCCCGGGAAAAAGCGGAGCAGAAAAACAACCAGAAAAAAAAUCUCAUCAUGGCAAAUAUUCACCAGGAAAACGAAGAGAUGGAGCAGCCUAUGCAGAAUGGAGAGGAAGACCGCCCUUUGGGAGGAGGUGAAGGCCACCAGCCUGCAGGAAAUCGACGGGGACAGGCGCGCCGACUUGCCCCUAAUUUUCGAUGGGCCAUACCCAAUAGGCAGAUCAAUGAUGGGAUGGGUGGAGAUGGAGAUGAUAUGGAAAUAUUCAUGGAGGAGAUGAGAGAAAUCAGGAGAAAACUUAGGGAGCUGCAGUUGAGGAAUUGUCUGCGUAUCCUUAUGGGGGAGCUCUCUAAUCACCAUGACCAUCAUGAUGAAUUUUGCCUUAUGCCUUGACUCCUGCCAUUUAUCAUGAGAUUAAUACUGUGAUUCCCGCUGUUUUCUUUUUCCUUGCAUUUUCCUAAUAUGCCUUUACUGAUCCGUUUGCUGUGAACCCUGUUAUUUCCAUGUGUCAAGUGGGUCUUGUGUUGCCAGCUUCUAUUUGGAAAUUGCCUUUGCACUCAGUCUAAGUUUCUGUCAGCAGUAGUUUCACCCAUUUGCAUGGAAAAAUUUAAAGCUAAUAAAGCAAUUUAAAAAGCAAUCUA